UUUGCACUUUAACGGCUGCGUCAGAAGUGCGACGGAAAUCUUUUUCUAAACAAACUAAACACGGAUGUUUUGACAUGAUUUAAAAAUGGAGCUAGAACAGCCGAAAGAAGACUGUACUCCAGCACAGCCAACACCCGCACCUUCGUCUCAGUCAAAGAAGCCAAGCCAGGCACUGUAUGUCCCCAAAAAACGACUCAAUGACUCCAAAGGCAAAGCUCAAACUCAGGAAGAAGGCAAACCAAGACCCAGGCCUCGCUACACAGACAAGGCAAAGAAAAAUGCCAAAAACAAGAAGGACAAAGCUGGAGCAGCAGAGAAAGGGGCACCCGUAGGAGGAGAAGGUAGAGGUGACCUGCAAGAUGGUGACAGUAAGCCUGGUGAGAGGGAAGGUCGAUUACAAGAUCCAGAUGUUCAGGUUAAUGGGAACCCUGAUAUGACUAGUGUGGCAGAAGAUGCUGCAACACAGCAGGAGGCAACUUCCCCUCAGGAAGAAAUGGGAGAAGAGGAGAGUUGGGACACCUUGUUCAAUGAUGAUGGAGACUGUCUGGAUCCACACCUACUUGAAGAGCUGGCUGUAAAGGAGGGUAAAAAGAAGGAGUCAAUCCAGGAGCCCAGGUUCGAUUAUUACAACAUGGACCGAUAUGAUGAUGAUGAGGAAGACAUUGACCUCACAGAGGACGAACUUUCCCACAUUGUAGAGAUCUACGACUUCCCUACUGAGUUUAAGACGGAGGACCUUCUCAAAUUAUUUCAGUGCUACCAACAAAGAGGCUUUGACAUUAAGUGGAUCGAUGACACACAUGCUCUUGGCCUCUUCUCAAGCCCCAUAGCAGCACGAGAAGCUUUGAGAUCCAAACAUCCACUGAUGAAGCUACGACCACUUUCCAAAUCAUCCUCUGCUACAAAGGCCAAAGCCCGUAGCUGCUCAGACUACCUCUUACCAGCCAAAGAGAGACCUCAGACAAGUGCGGCGCUCGCUCGGAAGCUUGUGAUCGGUGCCCUCGGUGUGAAGAGCAACCUGACAAAGGAGCAACGUGAGGCAGAAAGGAGGAAACUCCAAGAGGCGAGAGAACAAAAGCGCCUUGCAGCAAAGCAGAAAGAAGAUGCUUGGGAAGGGAAGUGAUGAGACAGAAAACUACCCCCCAUCUGUGAAUUUUCUGUGCACGUGUGACCCCCCCCCCCCAUUCCUUGAUUCAGCAAGGAAGGAGCAAGGACUUUUCUGUGUCCUCUUUUGAUCUGUUUUUCUCAACUGGCCACUCCUUCGAACCACCACACUUCCCAGAAAUGGAUCCCCACAAUUUUCCCUUCUCUUUGCCAUGGUUCUUCAAUGACUAUAAUUCAAUUUCUCAUCAUCUACUGUCCUUCCAGAUAAGAGCUCCUUUACCUUUAUGCUCACAUUUGUCCAUGCAGGGACUAUUACCUCAGGUCCAUUGCUAACACCUCACCAGGACAUGUCUCCUGCUUUCUAACAUUGUAACAAAUCUGUUGUGGUGCAGUCAGUCUAAACAUUUUAAAAGGGUAAAUAUUCUUUGUAAUACUUAUUUUAGAGUAGUUAUUUGUCUUAUAUGUAUUUUUUAUCAGGUCUUUUUGUAGAUGACCCCAACAUGACCUGUAAAUGAAGGAGUAGAAAGCCUCUACUUCAUUGUUAUGAUGUAUCAUUUUGCUAUUCCUGCAACCUAGUAGAAAUAAGAGCAACCUUCUUUAGGAAUGCUGAAGAAAAAUCUUGACUACUACAUUUGAACAGCAUCCUAAAGACUGGAUAGUAUGUGAUCCUAAAGUAGCUGCACACUCAGAAUUUUUCUGCAUUGUUAAUGAAUGCUGAAAAUUCAAAAAGAUUAAGGUAUUAUUUUAACUCAGCUGCAGUUAUGGAGAUGCUUUAUGUAUAGGAUUGUGUUAAACAUUGGUUAAAGUUCUUCAACAUUUGGUCAUCAUAACUACUGUGAGGAACCUUGAUCUUGUGUCGAGCAGUUUGUCUUGACCCUUUGCUCAUUGUGUAAAAAGUGCUCUUGAGUGUAGGAGUGCAGGCAGCCUAGUGGUUAUGUCUGUGCGCCCCAUGUAAGGAGGCCGUUGCCCUCAAAGCAAAGGGCCUGGUUUAAAAUUCAGCCUAUGGCUCUUUGCCCACACAUCAUUGUCCUCUCUUUCUCCCUUGUUUCUGACUAUAUUCACCAUCAUUUCUGUCCGAUAAAGGCCUAAAAGUUGAGAAAUAACUCAAAAAACUAUGUUAACUCACUGUGAAUCUUUUUGGAAAUGUAAGAUUUUGAGCUCUUAACUCCCUUAUCCAACACUGCACUGACUUAAAGGGAAGCGAUAAAGCCUGUGUCCUCAAAAACAUUAGUUUAGUUUAACGAUUUAGUUUUGUUUACAAUUCCUAUGGCUUUUUAGGUCAUACAGAAGCAUCAGUAUAAUUUUAGUCUGUUUAAUAAAAUGCCAAAAACUUCCCACAGGAGCUUUAAGGUUGGUUUCAGUGUUAGUUUUUUCUGUGUUUUUGUUGAAAUUAAGCUUUUUACUUCUGAGUGUCAAUGUUUAUCAAAAUAAAAUUAACACUGAACAUUAAACUCAGCCUUCUCAUUCCGACUCAGUUGUCAGAAUUAAGCGCGUGACCCAGCUCCGGAGACGUCUGUGACAGCUGUAAGCAGCUGCCUCCUCUGAGGCUUCACCCAACCAACCACAGACCAUGUGGCACUGCGUCUCCCUCACCUCCUCAGCCAAUAAUUAAGUCUUAUUCUUAGAGAAGUCAGAGAACUGCAAAUUUGUCAUUUUUCUCUUCUACAAAUUAUUGAACUUUGCAGCAAUGCCUGCCACAAAAUAUCAGUUUACUCCUACCUCCAAGAUGUAGCUGGAUAUGUAAACAGCAGUACAACAGAUUGCUGGGUACAUAAAUGUCUUAAAAGAUGAUCAUUUAUAAUUCAAUUACAGUAUCCACAUGACAUUUAACUGUACUUGUCCAAAUAUAUGCAGUCCUACACAGCUGUAGCUAACCCUGUUUAUACAACUGCUUACAUCAUUGGCUGAGGGUGACUGAGACGCAGUGCCACGUGGCUUGUUUAAGCGUUGCAGCUCUGAGGAGGCACUGUUAUGUGUGCAGAUUUCCUUUUAUUAUUGAUACUAUUCUAGGGAUUCAUGAUUACAAAGAUAAUUUUGUACAGAAAAGGCUUUUUGUGUACCUCAAACAUGCUUAAAAAUUGUAAGAGUUGAUGAAAAUACAUUUAACACAAUGUUUCCAGUGCUUUUCAUAAAAAAAGGGCAAGUUUAAAGCAUACAGCAUA